GGCAGCCACAAUACCUUGCCUGUGUCUACUCUACUCGCUCUUCUUCCAAGCGGUGCAGUGUUUUACGAGGCAGCCUCACAUCGUCUUCAUCUUAGCCGACGACAUGGGAUGGGACGACGUCAGCUUUCACGGGUCCUCUCAAAUACCGACGCCGAAUUUGGAUGCCCUGGCAGCGGACGGUGUAAUACUCAAUAACUACCACGCUCAGCCUGCCUGUACUCCUUCAAGGGCAGCGCUGAUGACGGGACUGUAUCCCAUACGCACAGGAUUGCAAGGCCUCGCACUUGACGUAGGAGAUCCGUGGGGGUUGCGGUCGGACGUACGGAUUCUGCCCCAAUACCUCAAAGACCUCGGGUACGAAACGCACAUCGUUGGAAAGUGGGCUCUCGGAUAUUACAUGACGAGGCUAACCCCGACUUGCCGAGGUUUUGACAGCUUUUACGGCUAUUACAGUGGAGAAGAGAACUACUACACCCACAGUGUAACAUACGAAAACCAUACAGGUCUCGACUUCUGGCUGAACAGGGACCCCAUAUUGUCUGCCAAUGGUUCCUAUUCGACAACGCUUUACACUGAAAGAGCGAAGCAUCUUAUCCGCAACCGGGACAAGUCCAAGCCCCUCUUUCUGUUUCUAAGCUACCAAGCCCCGCAUGGAGCAGGAGACCCUGAGCCAUUUCAGGCACCGCAGGAAAACAUUGACAAGUUUCCUUACAUUGGAGAAAAGAACAGAACAAUCUACGCAGGCAUGGUGGAUGCGCUGGACCAAUCUGUGGGUGAAGUGGUCAAGGCCCUGAGCGACGCUCGCAUGUUGCAAGACACCAUCAUCAUUUUCAGCAGCGACAACGGCGGUCAACCAUGGGGCUUCCACACAACCCGCAGCAUCAACUGGCCCCUACGUGGAUCCAAGGGCACAGUCUGGGAAGGAGGCACCAGAGUUCCGGCAUUUAUAUGGAGUCCUCUCUUGGUCCGCGCUCAAAGAGUCUCCUAUCAGCUUAUGCACAUCACGGACUGGCUGCCCACUUUAUAUUCGAUCGCCGGAGGCAGCGUACACGCCCUUGGCAAGCUUGACGGAUACAAUAUGUGGGAGCAUCUGUGUUACGGUCUGGGCUCCCCUCGAGUAGAGAUGCUUUACAACAUAGACUACCGGUUCCUGAACAGCUCUGCCCUACGACUGUGGCGCUACAAGCUAGUACUGGAUGGCACGGGUUUCAUGAGCGAGCGGUUCCCGAGGCCCGGUGGGAGUCGCCCCCACCGUGACCUCGACCGACUGCUCCAUCAGUCGCUGGCAGCUAAAGUACUGCGUGGUUUUUACAAGAGGGACCACCUGCAUUUCCCGAAGCAGUGGCGGGACAGGGCCACGCUGAAGUGUCAUGUGCCGACGUGGGCACGCUUUCGCGACAAGGACGCCAUCCACUUGUUCGACAUCGUCACGGAUCCGUGUGAGCUGAACAAUGUGGCCCGCUUGCACCCCGAGAUCGUUGCAAUCAUGAAGCAGCGCAUCGAGGACUAUCAAGCUACGGCACUGCCUGUCCUAUUCGAACCUAAGGAUCCCGCAAGUUUCCCCGAGCACCACAACGGAACGUGGGCGCCUUGGGCAGGGUCGACGUGUUGAUAGUCAUUUGUUUCAUCACGAAUCCAAUGUGGCUACUCAGGACUGGACGCGCUAUCAGCAUUUCUGUGUGACCACUGAACACUCCCUGAUAGUGGGUAACCUAUGAUACGUCACUGAAAACUGCACGUGAUGGUGCCAUUUUAGAGUGACGUAGGACUUAGUGUGCGUAAUGGGAUUUUAUCUACCUUCAUUUAUGACAGGCUCAUAUAGUGCCUGCUUUGACGAUUUCUUUUAGCGGGCUUCUUCGCACGGAGGAGGGGCCCACUGUUCAGGCUUGUUUUAAAGCUAUGAUAUUUAUAGGUGUUUUACAUUGCGUGCGUAUUUUUAGAUGCAUUAUACAUUUUAAAUAUGUCUCCAUUGAUUGGGACAACGACGCCUGCAAUCUGUCAGCCAUCCAAUCUGUCAGAUCUCCACCAAGAGUCUCACAUUUAGACGCUUGUUUGGUGCGAAUGAUCGCUAUUUUUUGUUCUUUUUUUAAGCACGACGUACCAAAGUAAUGCUGCUAAGUCGGCUUUAAGCGAAACAUUUAUUUCGAAUGCACGAUGCACUGUAGGAGGCGAAUAAAUCAUAUUUACAAAAAUA